AGUGCCAAUUGGAUUGUUUUGGGUUGGCAACAAAUGAAACCAGAAGCAACAGAAAGAAGUGAAAAUUUUUUGAGUACAGAAAGUGUUUCUGAAGACUCUAUAGAGAAAGAACGAGGGGCGGCAACUGGUACUUCCUGUACAACCCAAACGAGUAAGGAGAAACCUCUCGUGAACGGUAUUAUUGCAGACGGAGAGUGUUUACAGCCUUCCAACAACAGAAGAGCAAAUACUAGUACUAGUGUAGACUUUGAAGAAGUUGUUGUACAGCCACCUCCAGAAGCGAAAAGCUGGGACAUUAAGAAGUUACCUCUGUCUUUACGCAUCGAUGGUCGUUAUGUCAACCCUUGGGAAACAUGGCGUUGGAAAGGUUUUUGGGAUUUAUUACGUUGGAAACUUUUCACUCCAGACAAAAGCAAUGUGCCCACCGAGAGUAUUUUGAAUACUUCCUUGCCUAUAGUUAAGGUGGAUAGCUCGCUUCUAGAAACUGAGCCUUCUGCAGAUCAUUUUCGACUUACUUGGUUUGGUCAUUCUUCACUGUUAAUACAAUUUGAGGGUUUCAAUAUACUGACUGACCCGAUUUUCAGUAAACGCUGUUCGCCUCUGAAGCAUUUGGGGCCUAAAAGAUAUAGAGAUCCUCCUUGUACUGUAGAGGAACUCCCCAAGAUUCACAUUAUAUUGAUUUCGCAUGAUCACUAUGAUCAUUUCGAUGAAAGAACUUUGAAGAAGAUUUUAAGUUGUCCUAAGAAUGACAACGUACAUGUAUUCGUACCGCAGGGUAUUCUUUCUCGUAUUCGUCGUUUAAGAAUUGAUUGUUAUGGUAAUGCAACAUUCACAGAGUUAUGUUGGUGGCAAAGAGCGACUAUCGGCAACCGACUUCAUAUUGUUCUUUCACCCGUACAACAUUGGAGUAAAAGAACUGCAUUUGAUAUAUUCGAAACUUUAUGGGGUGGAUUCAUUGUAAUAGGAAAAGAAUUUCGAUUCUUUUUUGGUGGAGAUACUGCAUAUUGUCCAGUUUUUCGUAGUAUUGGAGAGCUUUAUGGUCCCUUUGAUUGUGCAGCUAUUCCUAUUGGAGCUUAUAGUCCAAGAUGGUUUAUGAAAGGACAACAUGUUGACCCUUAUGAAGCUGUCAAGAUUCACAAUGAUAUUCGUUCCAAACUUUCCAUAGCCAUUCAUUGGGGAACUUUUGUACUUACAAAUGAAUAUUAUCUAGAACCACCGAAAUUGUUGGAAGAUGCACUCAACAAAGCUAGCAUUUCAAAAGAAAAGUUUCUCGUGUUGAAACAUGGAGAGUCUAUAGAGAAAAACUGGAAAGAAAGUAACCAUUUUUUGUCACCUCCAAAUGGUGAAAACAGAAUGUAAUAUAAUCAUCUUACUUCAUAAAGAAAGAAUGAUAACUUUUCAUGAUUUGUUAUCUUUGAAGCGAGCUACUUGAUGAUGAGUGGCGUCGUUUAUGAGAUCUCCUUU